GCGUCGCGUACCGCUCCGCGGAAAAAUUAUAAAUUGAAAACCGUCCAAACGUUUUUUUAACGUUGUUGGCUGUUUGGCUUCUUGUGCUGGUGUUGGCCAAUGUGUGUGCGUGUGCGUGAGAGAGUGCUGCAGUUCAAAAGGGCAGCAGCAACAGCGGCCGAAGCUCAACUCUCUUUUAAGCCAGCUCUACUGCGCGUGUGUGUGUGAUUUAGGGUAACAGUUCUUGGCCAGCGUGAAAAAAUGCGAAUUUAGAUUGGCUCAAAGCGGAAACGGAAUCUCUGUGCUCAAUAUUCAAAUUCAGGCUAGAAAGUGUCGCGUGCGAAAGUGUGCAAAUAAUACAACUAGCGAAUAAAAAAGAAAAAUAAUAAAACUGAAGGAAACCUGUUCUAAGCCAAGUGCGGCAAACGUGUCGCGCGUUCGCGUCUGUGUGUGUGCGUGUGGGAGAGGGAAUACAGAGAAAUAGAGAAGAGCAGAAUGCAAUAAAUAAUAAUAAACAAAGCUCAAUGCCCAAUGAAUCAAAAUCAACUGAAUGAAAAUUAUUAGCCAAAACGAAAACCUUAAAGCGAAAACCCUUUCCAAUACGAUCAUGGCGGCGGGUGCGUCACCAACACAACGGCAACAACAACAUCAACAGAGGAAAGCAACAGUAGAAACAACAACAAGAACAACAGCGAGAAGUCGGGACCGCACGAAAAGCGCAGCUCAAAUUACGACGCCAACGUCGUCGUCGCAUUUGCUCAAGCGCGCCAUUUCAGUUUUUUCGUCGCCUCAAUGGAUACCGCUCUUCAUAUUAAUUUAUUUAGCAACAGAUGUCGCCUCUGUGGAGGUUCAAACCAAGGAAGCAUACUUCAACGGCUCCACUUACCUCCGACUGACCACACCGAUGCCCAUUUGGGAUCACUCAGCGAUUAGCUUCCGCUCUUGCCGCGGCGGAGAGAUCCUUGCCCAGCAAUACAACAAGAACUCCAUUGUAAUCUCAGUGCUCAAUGAUUUUCUGCAAAUCUCUUUGGCGGGACCGGCAGUCCAUGGGCCCAACAAUCGGUUGGAUGUCAAGCUUCCAUACCAGCUGCUGGACAACCGCUGGCACACGCUGCAGUUCAAGUACGAGUAUGGCAAUCUUUACCUGCACGUGGAUCGUGCGGCAAGCAUAUUUGCUAACUCCACGUACAACAGUCAGUUCUUAACGAACCAGGACAUUGGCUACAAGGAUGCCAUCUUAAUACUGGGAAACUCCUUCUCCGGCUGCCUUCUGGAUGGUCCUGGUCUUCAGUUUGUGAAUAACUCGACUGUUCAAAAUGUGGUCUUUGGAGCUUGUCCUCUGACUCCUGGACCCUGCAGUGAUCAUGAUCUGUUCACUCGCCUGCCGGAUAACUAUUGUCUCAAUGAUCCCUGCAUGGGUCAUGGAACUUGCUCAUCCAGUCCCGAAGGAUACGAGUGUCGCUGCACAGCUCGUUACUCGGGCAAGAAUUGCCAGAAGGACAACGGUUCGCCCUGCGCCAAGAAUCCCUGUGUGAAUGGGGGCUCUUGUUUGGAGAACUCUCGCGGAGAUUACCAGUGCUUCUGCGAUGCUAAUCAUAGUGGUCAGCACUGUGAAACGGAGGUCAAUAUCCACCCACUCUGCCAGACGAAUCCCUGCCUGAACAACGGGGCCUGCGUGGUCCUGGGAGGAAGUGGGGCAAUUGCCUGCGAGUGCCCCAAAGGAUAUGCGGGAGCCAGGUGCGAGAUCGACACGGAUGAGUGUGCCUCACAGCCGUGCCAGAAUAAUGGAAGCUGCAUCGAUCGGAUCAAUGGAUUCAGUUGCGACUGCACCGGCACCGGCUACAUGGGAGCCUUCUGUCAGACCAACAUUGAUGAAUGCGACAAGAAUCCCUGUCUGAAUGGAGGCCAAUGCUUCGAUACCUAUGGUUGGUACACCUGCCAGUGUCUGGAUGGCUGGGGCGGUGAGAUCUGUGAUCGACCCAUGACCUGCCAGACCCAGCAAUGCCUAAACGGUGGCACUUGUGUGGACAAGCCCAUUGGCUUCCAGUGCCUCUGUCCACAGGAGUAUACUGGAGAGCUCUGCCAACUGGCACCGAGCUGUGCCCAGCAGUGUCCCAUCGACUCGGAGUGCGUCGGCGGCAAAUGCGUGUGUAAGCCAGGCUCAUCGGGCCCCAUUGGUCACUGUUUGCCAACAACAACCACACCGACACCAGAACCACAGCCAACAACGACAACAAUAAGAAUUGCUACCGAAAUCCCUAUCCCAAUUUUAACAACAACAAAGAUUCCACCAACAAUAACAACGACAACAGUCAGAACAACAAUUGCAACAACACCAACGACAACAACAACAACGACGACAACAGCUAGCAAUAAAGCACAACAACACCCCAACCAGGCACAACAACAACAACAACAUCAACAACAAUCACCAACCCAACGCUCGGCUUCCCUGAAUGCAUGUCCCCAAGAAAACUGCUUGAACGGUGGCACCUGCCUGGGCCAUAGUAGCAAUUAUACCUGUAUCUGUGCCGCCGGAUACACAGGUUACAACUGUCAAACGAGCACGGGCGAUGGUGCGGCCGCCUUGGCCCUGACCCCCAUCAAUUGCAAUGCCACCAAUGGGAAAUGCCUGAACGGAGGAACCUGCUCAAUGAAUGGAACCCACUGCUACUGUGCCGUGGGCUAUUCCGGCGAUCGUUGCGAGAAGGCUGAGAACUGCUCACCGCUGAAUUGUCAGGAGCCGAUGAUCUGUGUCCAGAAUCAAUGCCUCUGUCCGGAGAACAAGGUGUGCAACCAGUGCGCUACCCAACCGUGCCAAAAUGGUGGCGAGUGUGUAGAUCUGCCGAACGGAGACUACGAGUGCAAGUGCACCAGGGGAUGGACCGGUCGAACUUGUGGCAACGACGUGGACGAAUGCACCCUGCAUCCGAAGAUCUGUGGCAACGGCAUCUGCAAGAACGAGAAGGGAUCGUACAAGUGCUAUUGCACACCCGGAUUCACCGGCAUCCACUGCGACUCGGAUGUGGAUGAAUGCCUCAGCUUUCCCUGCCUCAAUGGAGCCACAUGCCACAAUAAGAUCAAUGCCUACGAAUGUGUUUGCCAGCCGGGCUAUCAGGGCGAGAACUGUGAGGUUGACAUUGACGAAUGCAUCAGCAAUCCCUGCUCAAACGGAUCCACCUGCAUUGACAUGAUCAAUAACUUUACCUGCAACUGCAUUCCUGGAAUGACAGGACGCAUCUGUGACAUUGACAUCGAUGACUGCGUGGGAGAUCCCUGUCUCAACGGAGGUCAUUGUAUCGAUCAGCUGGGUGGCUUCCGGUGCGAUUGCAGUGGCACUGGCUAUAAUGGCGAGAACUGUGAGCUGAACAUUGACGAGUGCAUCUCGAAUCCCUGUCAGAAUGGCGCCAAAUGUAUUGAUCAAGUAAAGGACUACUUCUGCGAAUGCCAUGCGGGUUAUAAGGGCAAGAAUUGCGAGCAGGAUAUCAAUGAGUGUGAGAGUAAUCCGUGUCAGUACAACAGCAACUGUCUGGAACGUUCCAACACCACGUUAUAUCAGCUGAGCCGCAACACGGACUUGCCCAAGGUCUUCAGCCAGGCCUUUAGCUUCGAAAAUGCCAGCGGAUACGAGUGCGUCUGCGUACCAGGCAUUAUUGGCAAAAACUGUGAGAUCAAUAUAAACGAGUGCGAGAGCAAUCCCUGCAGCAAACAUGGAACCUGUAAUGAUGGGAUUGGCGCCUACACCUGCGAAUGUGAACCCGGCUUUGAGGGCACCCACUGCGAGAUCAAUAUAGAUGAAUGCGACCGCUAUAAUCCCUGCCAGAGCGGCACCUGUUAUGACCAGAUCAACGACUAUGAUUGCGACUGCGAUGCCAACUUUGGAGGCAAAAACUGUUCGGUGCCACUAAGGGGAUGCAAAACGAACCCCUGCUUAAAUAAUGGCACCUGUCUGCCGUAUUUGGUCAACGAAACGAUACAUAAGUACAAUUGUACCUGCGAGAACGGCUUCCAGGGCAACACCUGCGAAAAGACGACCACACUGUCCAUGGUGGCCACCAGUUUGAUUUCGGUUACCACGGAACGCGAAGAGGGCUAUGACAUCAACCUGCAAUUUAGGACAACGCUGCCCAACGGAGUUCUGGCCUUUGGCACCUCCGGCGAGAAGAACGAACCAGUUAGCUACAUCCUAGAGCUAAUCAACGGCCGGCUUAAUCUACACUCUUCCCUACUGAACAAGUGGGAAGGCGUGUUCAUCGGUUCCAAGCUAAAUGACAGCAAUUGGCACAAGGUGUUUGUAGCAAUUAAUACAUCGCAUUUGGUGCUUUCGGCCAACGAUGAACAGGCCAUCUAUCCGGUGGGCUCCUACGAAACGGCCAACAACAGCCAGCCCUCCUUCCCACGCACCUAUCUGGGCGGCACGAUACCCAAUCUCAAGUCCUAUUUGAGACACCUCACACACCAACCGUCCGCUUUUGUGGGUUGCAUGCAGGAUAUCGUGGUCAAUGGAAAAUGGAUUUUCCCCGACGAGCAGAGUGCAAACUAUACUUCCGAUGACACCAAACUGGAGAACGUACAGAGCGGCUGUCAGCGCAUGGAGCAAUGCAAACCGAAUCCCUGCCACUCGAAUGGAGAGUGCACGGAUCUGUGGCAUACCUUUGCCUGUCACUGCCCCAGGCCGUUCUUCGGACACACUUGUCAGCACAACAUGACUGCCGCUACCUUUGGUCACGAGAACACAACCCACUCGGCGGUGAUUGUGGAGACCACUGAUGUGGCUCGAAGGGCCAUUCGUUCUAUUUUGGAUAUCUCAAUGUUUAUACGAACCCGAGAACCGACCGGACAGGUGUUCUAUUUGGGAACUGAUCCACGCAAGGCGCCCACCAAGAACGUCGGUGACUCAUAUGUGGCUGCCAAAUUGCAUGGCGGCGAGCUGCUGGUAAAAAUGCAAUUCAGCGGAACUCCGGAGGCCUACACCGUUGGUGGCCAGAAGCUAGACAACGGCUAUAACCAUCUGAUCGAGGUGGUGCGCAAUCAGACGCUCGUGCAGGUCAAGCUCAAUGGCACCGAGUACUUCCGCAAGACGCUGUCGACGACGGGUCUGUUGGACGCACAGGUGCUCUACUUGGGCGGACCUGCACCCACACGGGAGUCCCUACUGGGAGCCACCACGGAACCGGGCCCAGUAGGAGCUCCAGGCGCAGCAGCAGUAGCUCCCACUGAAGCCACCACGGUGUCCAAGGAUGCGGACGACAGCAGAGACUACUUUAAGGGCAUUAUCCAGGACGUGAAGGUGAGCAAUGGCUCGCUCAAUCUGAUCGUCGAGAUGUAUCCACUGAACGUGACAGAUGUUCAAGUGAAUGCCAAGCCCCUGGGCGCCGUCUCCAUCGAUCGGGCAUCUGUGCUACCGGGCGCCGUGUCCGAUGAUCUGUGCCGCAAGAAUCCCUGCCGACAUAACGCGGAGUGCAGGAAUACAUGGAACGACUACAGUUGCAAGUGUCCCAACGGCUACAAGGGCAAGGAUUGCCAGGAGAUCGAGUUCUGUCAGCUGGUCACGUGUCCCGGACAGAGUGUCUGCCAGAAUCUGGACGAUGGCUACGAGUGUCUGACCAACACCACGUUCACUGGACAGGAGCGUUCACCUCUGGCGUUCUUCUACUUCCAAGAACAGCCAUCCGAGGAGAUUGUGGGUGAAACUGCUCCCAAGCAGACUCUCAAGCCGGUCAUAGAUAUAGCCUACCGCACCCGGGCUGGAGGCACUUUGCUGUAUAUCGACAAUGUGGACAGUUUCUUCGAGAUUGGCGUGAACGGAGGCCGGGUAACCAUUACCUGGAAGUUAAGCCAGCUGCAUUUUGGCGAGUCCACGCGUUUCGAGAAGGAGAACACUGACGGAGAAUGGAGUCGCAUUUAUCUGAGGGCCCACAACGGCAAGCUAGAGGGCGGCUGGAAGGGCUGGGAAUCGAUGGUGGAUCCAGCACCAGCCUUCUCGGUUGACAUUGACCAAGGAGCCAUCCAAUACCUAAUCGCCAGCAGCACCCAGAUAUACUUGGGUGGCAUGCCUGAGUCGAGACAGGCACGAGGCUCCACGCUUUCGGCCCAGCAGGGCUCCCAGUUCAAGGGCUGUGUGGGCGAGGCGAGAGUGGGUGAUCUCCUGCUACCGUACUUCUCCAAUGCUGAGCUCUAUCCGCGCACCGAGAACGUGUCCGUGCAGCUGAAGGCUCAGUUCCGCCUGAAUGCCACGCGUCCGGAGGAGGGCUGCAUUCUCUGCUUCCAAUCGGACUGCAAAAAUGCCGGCUUCUGCCGAGCUCCGUCAGAUGAAUACGCCUGCACCUGUCAGCCUGGCUUCGAGGGCGAUGACUGCGGCACGGAUAUCGAUGAGUGCCUGGACACGGAAUGCAAGAACAAUGGCACCUGCAUCAACCUAGUGGCUGCCUUCCAGUGUCAGUGUCAGCCAGGCUUUGAGGGCCUUCACUGCGAGCAGAAUACCGACGAGUGUGCGGAUCAGCCCUGUCAAAACGGUGGCAACUGCACGGAUCUGAUUGCUGCCUAUGUAUGCGACUGUCCAGAGGACUAUACGGGUCCGCAGUGUGAAGUGCUCAAGCAGAUGACUUGCGAGAACGAGCCGUGCCGUAACGGAUCCACCUGCGAGAAUGGAUUUAAUGCCUCCACGGGAAAUAACUUCACAUGCACAUGCGUGACCGGCUUCGAGGGACCGCUGUGUGACAUUCCCUUCUGCGAGCGAACGCCCUGCGAUAAUGGAGGUCUCUGCCUGACCACGGGACCUGCACCCAUGUGCAAGUGUAGCCUGGGAUACACAGGUCGCCUGUGCGAACAGGACAUCAACGAGUGCGAGUCCAAUCCCUGCCAAAACGGCGGACAGUGCAAGGAUCUCGUCGGCAAGUUUGAAUGCGACUGCCAGGGCACGGGAUUCGAGGGCAUCCUCUGCGAGAACGACAUUGACGAGUGCAGUGUGGAGAACGAAUACUGCGGCGGAUUGGGCCGUUGCUUUAACAAACGUGGCUCCUUCCAGUGCAUCUGCCAGAAGCCAUAUUGCGGCGCCUACUGCAACUUCACAGAUCCCUGCAAUGCCACGGAUAUCUGCGCCAAUGGCGGGCGUUGCGUAGAGGCCUGUGGCGCCAAGCCGGACUACUAUUGCGAGUGCCUGGAGGGAUUCACGGGCAAGAACUGCACGGCACCGAUCACGGCCAAGGAGGACGGCCCCUCGACAACGGAUAUUGCCAUCAUUGUCAUACCCGUGGUGGUCGUGUUGUUGCUUAUUGCGGGCGCCCUGUUGGGCACCUUCUUGGUAAUGGCACGAAAUAAGCGAGCCACUAGAGGUACUUACAGCCCCAGCGCCCAGGAGUACUGCAACCCGAGGCUGGAAAUGGACAACGUGCUGAAGCCGCCGCCAGAGGAACGACUUAUAUAGUUUGAGCCACAAGGCGACGACGAUUAGCAAAGCAAACGAAAGAUAUUUUUAAAAAUCCGCCCAUAUACACCUUAGUUGUAAAAGUAAUGCAAUGUUUCGUCCUAAGUUCGCCCCUAGUUACGGUUACGUCUUAAGGUGCUCAAAGCAAUAGCAGCAACCAGGCUUUCGCCGAUCGUCCAAUCGAUCCCCCCUGCCUGCGCUUUAGUUAGUUAAUAAUGACGUUGUCUAUUUAUUCUUGUAGUUUAUAUACAACAGAUAUCAAAAAAUGUCGAUAUAUUGAUUCUGCAUCCAUUUUUGACGCGAAAGGCAAUAUUUUAUGUGUUAGUUUGGACCAAUAUAAUUGAUCAUAUCGAUCAUUUUACGUUAAAUGCGAUAUCUGAAAAAUUCGAUAAAUAUUUUCGGUAUGAUAUUGAGCGCGAUGUUUUUGUUGAUAUAUCAUAUCGGAUUUGUUUCGAUAUACAUUCCUAGACAGACGUACCGCCCCCUAUAGUCGUUAUGUAGUUACGUUCCAAUAGUUUAGAUUCAGUAUUCGAUUUCUCGUAUGUGUAAUCCUAAAGCUGCGAACAAAGUUGAGCUCUGACACCGAUUCCCUCCCCUUCUUGCUCCUCAACAUUCCCAACGGAAGCCCAUCAAGUGUAUUGUACGAGUAUUUUUGUAAAUAGAUCUGUACGACUCUUUAAACUAUAUUAGCUGAGCUAAACCUGAAAAUCCUAUAUGCCUAUAUAUAUGCGAGUAUAUAUAUCAGUAAAUGUGGCCUUAUAACAAAAAAAAUUAAUAUACAUUAAAAUAGCAAUGGCAACUAUAAAGAACAUGAGAAACUAUUGGAUAAGUAAAUCAAGUGAAAGACAUUUUUUGCUCUAGAAUUUCUAAGCGUAAACGUAAGAGACUGUACUAUAUAAUAAAUAUUCAAUAUUUCGAAG